AUGAUGAACUGCAUCAUCCGCCCUUGGGCUGUAAGGGAUCUUAAGGAGGUCAUGAGGCUUAUUCGGGAAUCUGCGGCUUUCCACAAAGCUUUGGACCAAGUGACGACCACCCCAAAAAAUUUCCAAGAAGAUGGCUUUGGGAAAGAGCCCACGUUCGGAUGCCUGGUUGCUGAGCUGCCCCCGGGAGAAAAGACCAAAGGAGGCCACACAAUUAUCGGGUACCAGUUCCACUACUUGUCGUACUGCACCUGGGACGGCCCUGUUCUCUUUGGAGAAGACCUCUACGUCAUGCCAGAGUACAGAGGCAAAGGCAUUGGCACAACCUUAGUGAAUAAAGUGUGUCAGGUUGCGCUGGAGAAAGGAUGCUCCCAAUUCCGUUUCAUCUCGGCUCAAUGGAACCAGCCGGCGAUGGAUUUCUACACCAAACUGGGUGCUGUGAACGUCACAAUAAAAGAUCAUUGGCUGGUGCACAACAUCACCGGACAGAAUAUUCAGAAGCUGGCAGAGCAAGCCAGACAACUGCGGUCCGGCUAG